AGAUUUAAACGCUGGAUUGAUGUUUAGGUCAUAUUGCAGAAUGGUUUCGAAGUCCAUCGUGGAGGAGCGGCUGCGCUCAAUGUUGUCUCCGCAAUUUCUUAAGGUCACUGACAACUCUGGUGGAUGCGGCGCUGCUUUUAACGCUUACAUUGUAUCGCAACAAUUUGAGGGUAAGGGCCUGUUAGAUCGUCAGCGGCUUGUGAACAGUGCGAUCGCUGCUGAGAUGCCGCAGAUACAUGCCUUCACCAUGAAAUGCCUUACUCCUGGUGAAUGGGAGGCUAAGAACCGACCUGAGGAAUGAUUCUUACCAUUGUAAAAUUUUAGAUUAAUAGAAGAAGCUU